CAACUCAACAUAUUCCGAAUGAACAUUCUACCAGGAGAGUUUGUCAAUGUUCCAGAUCCUAAAGUCAUUGUAUUAGCGGAUGCAGUUAGUUUUCCAAUCCUUUUUGAUCAUUCAAAAGUCGAAAAGAAAGAUCUCAUUGUUGGUACUUAUGUGCCAUCAACUUCUUUCACCGGUGGGUAUAAAGUUGGCGGUUAUUUGGAUCCUUCAGACGAAAAACAUGGGAAACUUAAAGGUCUCUUUCUUGGUCUAUUUGCAUCUAUACACCAUAAGACUACUCCUGUAUCUCAAACAUAUUUUGCUGCUCUUUUCGAUAAUCUUGAGUCCGAUGUGGCUGCAAAAGGUCAAGCUAGCUUCAACACUUAUAGUGAUAACAUGAUUUUCGAACUACUUCUUCAUGUUUAUUACAAUAUCGAUCCUGCCAAGCUGGGUAAUAAAGGCUCGUCCAUGAUAAGGAAAUGGUUGUUGUCCAGUUCCAUCCAAUAAUAACUCUAGGGUUGCGCAAGUGGUUGAG